AUGAAACCAACUCAGAAUGCUUCACAUAAAGUAUCUGUUCACAACCACAAUCAACCAUCCAAUCCUAAAAUUGGUAAAUAUCACUACGCCAUGUUUUUAAGCAGUUAUGGCUCACCCAUCUAUCUAACUCAAUAUAAAGUUGAAUACAUUUCUUUGAUUUGCUAUUGGAUUUAUGUUGCAUUCACAGUGGCAUUUGAUACAUUUCCUGCUUAGAAUGUAGUCACUGACAAAAUCAUAUUUGAUCAUAGAGUUCCUUAUGUGAUAUAUUGGGGACCCACUUACAUCUACCUUGCAUUGAGUGUUUAUGCCAUAAGCACGUUCCUGGGCAGCUAUAGAAACUGGAUUUAAAUCUUUGGAAUCUUGGUUUAUUUGUGGCAUCUUGCUUAUUUCGUUGUAUUUUGGGCUGCUCCAAGUGUCAUGCUUCCCAAGUCUGUGGACAAUUUCUAAGCCAGUUGUGGAUACUAUUGGACAGAACUCAUGUUAAAUUUAAUCAUGAUCAUUAUCCAAUGCGGUAACACUCAAGCAACGAUGAACUAUCCAGCAUAUCUUCAGAACUAUGUCACUAAAGUUAAUAAUGAUAUUGUUGAGUAUUUGGCUGUUGAAGAUGUAGAAGAAUUGAAUCACGAGACAACCCCAAUCAAGGCUCAAACACCAAACCAGAAGUCCCAAAUCUAAUCCCAAAAACAAAUACAAGGAUGA